AAAGCGUUAUGCGGCUCCGGCAUAGAAAUCUACAAAACAUUAUUUCGGUUUCGGUACAGGUAUACGGAACGGUGGAUAAUGUGAUUGAACGUCAAGUGCACUCUCAAGGACACAUCAAGAAAUAACAAAUAAAGGGGUACCUAUCUUGAUGAAAGCGUCAAGUGUCAAGUAUCAACAGACAUGGACAUAUGAGUGAUUUCCGAGUCUAGAAGUUGGAGCUGAGCAGUUUUCAAGUAGUCGAUUUGCUUGUGCUUUGGAUAGAAGGAUGAAAUGGCG